AUGAAAGACGUGAAGGAUGCUUUUCGUUUCGUAUGUUCAUCUGAUUUUUGGAGGAUGGGUCUGUUUUGGAGUUUCGCUCUUGUUUCUUCUUACUUGCAAUUGCUUAAAGCAAGAAUCUUUGGCUCGAAAUCUACUCCCAUUUCUGUCUCCAGCAAUUCAGUGGUUGGAUCUUCGAGACCCAUUUGUGUUAUCACUGGUGCUACUUCUGGGCUUGGUAAGGCCACUGCCUUUGCUCUUUCAGACAAGGGUUUCUAUGUUGUUCUUGUUGGACGGUCUUCUCAGCUUCUUUCAGAGACAUUGAAGGAAAUUAAGAGCCAGAACAAAGAUGCCCAACUUAAGACUUUCCAAGCUGACAUGUCUUGUUUUCAAUCAAUCUUCGAGUUUAAAAACUCUCUAGAGAAAUGGCUCUCGGGCUCAGAGUUACAUCCUUCGAUUCAGCUUUUGGUGAACAAUGCUGGGAUACUGGCAACUUCGAGUCGACAAACCAUUCAAGGAUAUGACAGGAUGAUUGCUACAAACUAUAUCGGUCCAUUCUCUUUGACCAAACUUCUUUUACCACUUCUGAAAAACAGUUUUGCGCCUUCACGGAUCGUGAACGUUACAUCUUUCACUCAUCGUUCUGCUUCUAUUCAAAAGUUUGACAAGUGUUCCGUAACUGGAGUACAUUUUUCGACAUUAAACCGAUAUCCUUGUGCUCAGGUCUACGAGUAUUCUAAAUUAUGCAUUCUACUUUUCUCAUAUGAAUUGCAUAGACAGCUUCGCCUCACCGAUGAUUCGCACCAUGUCUCUGUUAUAGCUGCAGAUCUCGGAUUUGUGAAAACGAAUAUAAUGCGUGAGCUUCCUUCAUACAUAAUUUCCAUGGUGUUUAAUCCCGGGUUCAGAGUUCUUGGCCUCUUCCAGUCUCCAGAUCAAGGGGCUGAAUCUUUAGUUGAUGCUGCUUUAGCUCCACCACCUGUUAACACAAAUUCUCUCUGA